UUAGACAUGAUGCAUUGGCAUGUUUUAAGUUGACAUCCUUCUAUUUGGUGGGCCGAUUCAUUCGGCACUCCUAAUAUUGUAUUUUGCAACCUCAUUGCAUCCUGAAAGUUGUUCCUAAUGUUUUGGUUGCCACCACUGCCACCUACGAUGGUCCAAACUGAGCAUGAGCAUCUUCAUUAAGUGUGUGGUGAUAAAAAGGGAUCUUAUUGGAGACUCACUCCUUUCAAAAGGUUUGUCAGUGUCUGGUCCUCGGAGGGGCAGGCUGCGAGCUGGAGUAGCCCCACACACUGUCCGGCGUGUGCGGAGGGGUGAUGCCUCCACAGCGCAUCACAGGGACAACAAAACCUCCCCGCCAGACGCAUGCAGCGACACGACACAGCCCCUCGGUCUCCACUUGUUUCUUGUACUUUUUGGCUUUAAAGGAGGUAAGCCCACACUUGGCCAUCUUUGCAGCUUUACGCGCUGAGGCAAUGUAGUGGAAAAGCGGACAAGCGGGGGGUCUCCAUCAGCGGGGAGAUGCAUGGGGCGCGCGGAGGCGACAGUGGCCGACCAAGCAGCACCACUGGACGUGUAUGAGCGGCGGGAAGAAGCUAGGGCUAGUGUUGCCGUUGAGGAUGGACACUGCGGAGGUGUUUGUCUUUGUGCUGGUGCUUGUGAUCAUCGUGGUGUCCUUGCUAUCCAACGUGCUGGUGCUUAUCUGCUUCCUGUACAGUCCGGAGAUCCGCAAGCAGGCUCCGGGGCUCUUCAACCUCAACCUCACCUUCUGCAACCUGUUGCUCACCGUGGCCAACAUGCCGCUCACGCUGGCGGCGCUGGCCAGCCGCGCUCAGCCGGGGGGCGACGCCUUGUGCCAGGCAGCGGGCUUCCUGGAGACCUUCCUGUCCACCAACUCCAUGCUGAGCAUGGCGGCGCUGAGCAUCGACCGCUGGGUCGCGGUGGUCUUCCCACUGCGCUACCACUCCAAGAUGCGCCACAGGGACGCCGCCUUGGUGCUGAGCUACACCUGGGCGCACUCCAUGUCCUUCUCCAUGGCCGCCACCUGGCUCUCCUGGCUGGGAUACCACCGCCUCUACGCCUCCUGCACGCUGGCCACCCCGAGGGCGAGCGGCCGGACACAGUUCGUCGUCUUCACCGUCCUCUUCCAUUCCUUCACCUUCUUGCUCUCCUUCGUCGUGCUGUGUGUCACUUACCUCAAAGUGCUCAAAGUGGCCAGGUUCCACUGCAGGAGGAUAGACGUCAUCACCAUGCAAACCUUGGUGCUGCUGGUGGAUAUCCAUCCCAGUGUUCGCCAGCGAUGCCUGGAGGAGCAGAGGCGGCGGCGCCAGAGAGCCACCAGGAAGAUCAGCACCUUCAUCGGCACCUUCAUGCUCUGCUUUGCCCCCUAUGUGAUCACACGGAUCGUGGAGUUGUUCCCGGCGGUGCCUAUCAGCCCUCACUGGGGGAUGGUGUCCAAGUGUUUGGCCUACAGCAAGGCGGCGUGCGACCCCUUUGUGUACUCGCUGCUGCGCCACCAGUACAAGAAGACGUGUGGCGACAUCGUCAACCGGCUGCUCAAGCGCCGCUCUUUGAACGCCACAGGUCGCAGGUUCGAGAGCCAAGGCAGCAGCAUGCCCAGAGUCGAGUGACAGCCCCGAGGGGGGGUGUGCGCUGUCUUUGGGAAAUGUUUUAUUGAUGGAAGAGGAAGAGGGCAUCCAUGGACACCCUCAUCGGGUCAAAACAAUGGUAGCUUAUACUCCAUACAGUAUUACUACAGUAGAGUAUUUAUUUAUUUAUUUAUUUGUGUCACUAAGGGGAUUAGUUUGUUGACACUGUAAAAUGUAGCACUCAAACCUGACUCACAACCCUCAUGAUCAUGUCCCUCAAAUGCACGGUUUUACCGUAAAUACACUAAUUAUAGCUGAGGCGUUCAUUUACCUGAACCGCCUGAAUUUUUAAACAUUAAUAAUCAGUGGAAAGCCAAACAUUGGUCUCUUUAUGAACAACUAUAUUACACAACAUGGCAGCAACAGAACCAAUGUUUUAAUGGUGCUAAGAAGCAAAGUGCUUUGCUAGCAUUGAUAGCACAGAUGAGUCCAUUCAUGAGUUAAACAAAGAUCCCGGCUGCUAUUUGCGAUUGUUGUCCACGCACCCCCGGCCAUGAUAGGUUAGUCAGUGGUCUAACGGAGCAUUUACCACUACAGAUGAAACAGUCAUACAAGGCUGCUUUUAUUUCUUUAUUCAUUUGAUUUGAUUUAUAGAAACCUUUUCCAUAGCAUUAUGACAUCACUCACAUAGAGUGAUGAAUUUUGCCACACCUUUUUUUUUUUGCUCAUUAAUUUACAACCUCAGAAGCAAGUCUCAUUUAUGGAUUUUGGCACAUUUUUUGGUAGUAUUUUCAAUUUAAUCCCACAAAAGUAUUUGCCACUUCACUCUUGGAAUUGUUUGACAGAAUCAUCAUAAAAUUAAAAAUAAAAAAAUAAAAAAUUUAAUUACAAAAUAAAAAAAAUAGCACUUUUUUCCCUCAAAAAUUACAACUUUGAAAAAAAAUCCAAACUUUUUAUUGAAAAAAAUUACAACUUUUUUUUUUAAUCACAACUUUUUAAACAUUACACGGCAUCAAUAAAGUAUCUUCCUGUAAAUAUAAAUGAAUAAAUGAGCUUUAUGUUGAGGAAUAUGUGGUAAUGAAUACAUUCUAGUUUGUUUAAGUGGAGUACUGUACGACACACAAAGACAAUGAAUGCCUUAAAUGCUGUUCUAUGGUAUUAGUCAAGUACGAUCCAUUCACACUUACUGUAUAGGGAGAAUUAAGUAAUGCCUUAUUACCUCUGUUCAUGAUCUACAAUCUCUAUUUCUAUGUCGCUGAUGCUGAUGCUUUUACAUCUUUAGGGAAUGUUAGUGAUUAUCUUCCCGAUUGGUGUUUAAAAAUGGUAUUUUUGUGUGUUUUUAGGUCAGAGAAUGUGUUGCUUUAAAAUCAGCUAUGUUGAUAUGACAGUACCUCUUUGAAAACUUCCUCAGCGAAAUGCUGCUGCUAAUGAUGAUGACGGUUAUCAGAAUUGUAAUGAAAAUGUUGACGGGUUUAGAUUUUGUGGUUAAACUGUAAACGUAGCCCUCUGAUCCUGGUGUGAUUUACGCGGGAAAGACACUUGAAGCUCAUACUUAGCUAUUUCUCAGCACUGAUGUGACUAAAUAAUAAAAACAGCCCUGAUUUAAACAGAAAAGAGAACAUCAUGUGUAACAAUGCACACAGUCAUUUCAUUAGGAACCAUCCCUUGUGUUUAACAACUCUGCGUGCAGUUUGUGGCGCGCUGCGUCACUCUGAGAGCUGUUUCUAAUAUUUUGCUUCCUCUCGUGUAGCUAAACAAAGCGACCAAAAUAUUAGAAACACCUCAGCGUGGGUGGUAUUGACACCUUGACACCUCGGGGAGCGAGUUGGAGCACAUGAAUAGCCGCUGAACUACACCAGCUAAAGUGAGAAGUGGACACCUUCACCAGAAGUCCUGCUUUUCUCAUCACAUCCAUUCAAAAUAUGUAGUUGACCAAUCAAUGAUAUAUUUUGACAUGAGUAAAAAUAUUUGUACUUUAUUAGCAAACUGAUGUUAAUGUUAAUUGGAAAUGAACAUUGGCAAGGCAUUGUACUGUAUGUGUUUGCUAUUAAUGGGAUUGUGCAAAAACUACCGAACCAAUUUACAUGAAACUGGGUGGGGCUCGGCUGAAGGCAAAACAUGACGGAAGGAAGUUGGUGCAGAUCUGGAUGAAGGUGCAAGUGCAGGAGAUGUGUUUCACUUGUGUUCCCAUAGGCAAGAUAGGAUUCAAUUAGUAGACCUUCUGUUUGUCUUUUUAGCAGCGUUAUGUUAAAAUUCCCAAACUGAUGUCCAUGAAACUGUGCACAGGGAAUGGCUAAAAUGUGAGAAAAAUUUGGAUAAAGGUGCACAUGCAGAAGACUGUUUUCCACUUUUGUUCACAUAUAGGCAAGAUAUGAUUCAAUUUUCAAGGCAUCGAGCCCAUUUCUGUGAAACUUUGCACAGGGGUGGGGCAUGGCUGACGGAAAAACAUAUCAAAAUUUGGUUCAAAUCUGGAUAAAGGUGACUUUUUACUUAAAUAAGAUUUAAUUUUCAAGGCUUUUAUUUUUGUUUGCUAUUUAGCUGGGUUGCACUAAAACUACCAAACCAAUUUCCAUGAAACUUGGCACAGGGGUGGGGCAUGGAUCAAGAUAAAACAUAUUCAAAUUUGGUGCAGAUCUGUUUAAAGGUGCAAGUGCAAGAAAUGUUUUUCACUUUUUUCCCAUAGGCAAGGUAGCAUUCAAUUAGCAGACAUUUCGUUUGGUAUUUUUAGCAGCAUUAUGCUAAAGUUUCCAAACUGAUUUCCAUUCAACUUUGCACAGUGACGUGGCAUGGCUGACAGAAAGACAUAUUACAAUUUGGUGCAAAUCUGGAUAAAGGUGCACAUUCAGGAGACAUUUUUUAAAACUUUUGUUCACAUAUAGGCAAGAUAAGAUUCAAUUUUGACGGGAUUGUUUUUGUUUGCCAUUUAGCAGGAUUGCUCAAAAACUGCUACACCGAUUUACAUGAAACUUCAUCGAGGGGUUGGGGCAUGGCUGAAGGCAAAACAUAUGACAAUUUGGUGCAGAUCUGGAUAAAGGUGCAAGUGCGGGAGAUGUUUUUCAUUCCCAGAGGAAAAAUACGUUUCAAUUAGCAGACAUUUUGUUUGUCUUUUUAGCAGCAUUGUGCUAAACUUCCCAAACCAAUUUCCAUGAAACUUUGCACAGGGGUGGGGCAUGGCUGAAGGAAAAAACAUAAUACAAUUCGGUGCAAAUUUGGAUAAAGGUACACGUGCAGGAGACUUUUUUCACUUUCAUUCCCAUAUAGGCAAGAUGUGAUUCAAUUUGCAGGGCAUUGUUUUUGUUUACUAUUUAGCAAGAUUGCAGUAAAACUACCACAUGAAUUUCCACAUAACUGCACAUGGCAUGGCUAAAGGAAAAACAUAUGAAAAUUU